UCACGCGAGAAUACACAAACCGCGCGAUGUUUGGGCGGGUUUAUUAUAAUCCCGUUAGCAAUUUAUGUCUCACUAAUCUUUUUGCUUGGUAUGACGACGAUCCAUAUAGCGCUUGCUGUCGAUAUCGCGAUUUGAAGAGGGACGUUAUCUUGCAAACACAGUGAAGAUGCAACCUGCAACAGCCAAGUGGUACGACAGACGGGACUCUGUCUUUAUAGAGUUCUGCGUGGAAGACAGUAAAGACGUGCAUGUCCGUUUUGACAAGACUAAACUUGAUUUCAGCUGUGCCAGCGGAACGAAUAACAUCAAACAUCAGAAUGUAGUGGAACUUUAUCGGGAGAUUGACCCCAAAGAAUCUAAACACAGACGCACAGACAGGUCUGUGUUAUGCUGUUUACGAAAAGUGGAGACUGGGAAGGCGUGGCCUCGACUGACCAAAGAUAAGACGAGGAGCAAUUGCCUCAGCGUGGACUUCAAUAACUGGAAGGAUUGGGAAGACGACUCAGAUGAAGACUUAAACAGUUUUGACAAGUUUUCAGAGAUGAUGAACAGCAUGGGAGGUGAUGAUCUACCCGACCUAGACUGUGGUGAUGAAGAGCACGACAUCGCAGACAGUGACGAUGAAAAAAUGCCUCGCCUUGAAUAGAAGACUGCACCUUGUGAGUUAAAGUGUAAGAGUUGGUCGAAGUCGGCGGUAGAGAGAGAAGACCAAAGAAAGUCCUGACUCGGACUGAAAGCACCACAACACAGGAGCUGCUCCUCUUCUCUUCUUCUGCCUGGACUCUUACCACUGUGUUGCGUUCUUCUCCAUUCACCUACAUGCAUGCACAGGGAUGUCACUUCCCUUUGUCAUUUUAACUUUUCAGUCGAAAUGCUCCUUUUUUUUACGGACACCUUUUCUCUCGUUAUAUUUUGUCAUGCAAAUUGCACAUACAGUAUUUACUUUGAUCAGGGAUGAAAGUCCUCCUGAUUUUCACAUUUUAAUGAAAAUGUCACCGGAGAAUUGUGAGGAAAAAUUGCCUAAAAUGAAUCCGGGUAUUAUUUGACAACAUUGAACGAACACGUGUUUGAGUUCGUUGUUUUGCUUUCACGAGUGUAGCCAUAUCGAGGCACUAACACUAGUAACAGUAAAGAGAUUUUUGUUUGUGUUUGUUUGUGUAAUAAUGAUAAUGAUGGCGUUUGACUCAUGCUUUAGUAGAACGAAUGGCAACUCGCAACUACAGUAGCAAGCGGCACGUUGCCUCUUGGGUUAUACCAUCUCAACUAGAACGGGAGGGGGUAGUCCCCAAACAACUUUCGUCUCUUUAUAAACACACUUGCUAAACCCCAGUGGAACAAAUCAAAGACGCCGUGGACAAGACAGUUUUUGUCGUAAAAAUAUAUAUUUGGACAAAAAGGGGAAAACAGAAUGGCAGAAAAACAUGGGCGUCCGACUUCGAGUGUCGUCUCUCGAAGUCGGACUCUGUCAGUUUAGCUGUUGUCGACUUGUCGUGUGUGACGUAGGUUGCGUUGGCGCUGAUUGGUUGAAAUCAAAAGACGCGCUUGUGUACAUAUUCGUGCUGAGAGCAGCGGACGAUCCACUGCUGAGGAGCGCUUACUCGAGUGGCAUCGCCACAACAGUAAUACCCUCGCCUCGCAUUCUCAUGGCCUCGCCAUAUCGGAGAUUUUGAAAUGUCGGCAAGAACGGAAGAUACAAAGGGUGCACGUGUGCACGCAAGAGGAAGAUUAAUCAUUGAAUGUCGAGUAUAUGAAUAGCGUUUUGUGUAAACUAAUUCACCCGUGAUCAGCCAGAAUUUUCAGGAAAGUCCACUUUCAUCUCUGGAUAAUAUACAAAUGUUAUCCCCCAUUUGUAUGUCACUGUCGACAAAUAUUUCACAACAACAGUUAAGUUCAUUUCAACCAAUGUAAAAAACAAGUUCACGUGCAAAUGA